CUCUCCCUCUCCAGCAGUAGGUACAUGUGUGGUGAGCGACAGCUAGGAGAGCAGUUCAGGGUACCAGCCAAAGGCGCACACACCCACUAGCAGAGAGCAAGGCUGCAUUAUUCAACGGAUCCACUUCUCUACGCUUCUCUGGGCCAGUGACUCACCCCCGCUGCACCUCUUGCUGAGCCAUUAUUACCAUGGAAACCCCGAGCCAGAAACGCGCCAGCCGUGGUGCCACCACCUCCCCGGCCCGCAUCACCAGGCUGCAGGAAAAGGAGGACCUGUGCAACCUCAACGACCGGCUGGCUGUCUACAUCGACAAGGUGCGCUCCCUGGAGACGGAGAACUCCGGACUGCGGCGGCGCAUCACCGAGUCCGAGUCCUCAAUCACCCGCAACAUGUCGGGCAUCAAGGGGGCGUAUGAGGCCGAGCUGGCCGACGCCCGCAAGACGCUGGACCAGGUGGCCAGGGAGCGAGCUCACAUGCAGCUGGAGCUGAGCAAGCUGAGGGACGACCACAAGGAACUUAAAGCCAGGAACGGUAAGAAGGAGUCUGACCUGGAGGCGGCUCUGCUGAGGGUGAGGGACCUGGAGGCCCUGCUGAACUCUAAAGAUGCUGCCCUCUCCACCGCCAUGGGGGAGAAGAGGACCCUGGAGGCGGAGCUGAAGGACCUCAAGGCCCAGCUGGCCAAGAUGGAAGGCAGCUUAGCUGAUGCCAAGAGGCAGCUGCAGGAUGAGAUGCUGAGGAGGGUGGACACGGAGAACCGCCUGCAGACCGUCAAGGAGGCGCUGGAGUUCCAGAAGAACAUCUCCAACGAGGAGCAGCGUGAGUCCAGGCGCCGCUACGACUGCAGCGUGGUGGAGUUGGGCAACGGCCAGCGGCAGGACUUUGAGAGCAAGCUGGCCGAAGCCUUGGUGGAGAUGAGAGCCCAACAGGAAGAGCAGGUCCGCCUCUACAAGGAGGAGGUGGAGAAGACCUACAACUCUAAGCUGGACAACGCUCGUCACUCAGCUGACAGGAACAGCCACUUGGUGGGAGCCGCUCAUGAGGAGCUGCAGCAGACCCGUAUGAGAGUGGAGAGCAUGUCAAGCCAGCUCAGCCUGCUGCAGAAACAGCUGUCCGCGAGCGAGUCCAAGGUGCGGGAGCUGGAGGAGGCGAUGUCCAGGGAGCGGGACGUGAUGCGGCGGCGGCUGGAGGACAAAGAGCGCGAGAUGGCUGAUAUCCGAGCUCGGCUGCUGCAGCAGCUGGACGAGUACCAGGAGCUGCUGGACAUCAAGCUGGCCCUGGACAUGGAGAUUAAUGCGUACAGGAAGCUGCUGGAGGGAGAGGAGGAGAGGCUGAGUCUGUCACCCAGCGGCUCCCCCGGCACCAAGGUCACCGUGACGAGGACCUCCGGAUCGAGCCACAGCCACAGCGGCCGCGUCAUCAACUCCUCCGGCUCGGGUCACAGCCACACCAGCCGUGCGCUCCAAGCCGGUACCACCGCCACCACCACCGGCAUCACCACCGGCACCACCGCCGCCAGCAGCCGCAACUCCUCCGGCACGGCCGUCGCCAAGAAGCGGCGUCUCAAUGACAACGACAGCGAGACCUCCAGCAUGGCGGGGGGCACCGUGACCAAGACGCGCAUCAGUCAGCAAGCCUCAGCCAGCGGCCGCAUCACCGUGGACGAGGUCGACCUCGAGGGGAAGUACAUCCGCCUCAGCAACAAGGCCGAUGAGGACCAAUCUCUGGCCAACUGGCAGGUGAAGAGACAAGUGGGUAGCGCCACUCCCAUCAUCUACAAGUUCCCCAACAAGUUCACAAUGAAGGCCGGAGGAAGUGUCACCAUCUGGGCUUCUUCCGGCGGUGGAACCCACAACCCUCCCUCUGACCUGGUGUGGAAGAACCAGAGCUCCUGGGGAACCGGAGACCUGCUGCAGACCGCCCUCAUCAGCGCCAACGGAGAGGAAAUGGCCAUGAGGAAAGUGACACGCACCCUGUUCCUCGACGACGAAGACGACGACAUGGGAGCUCACAGCACGAGCGGCGGAGACAACGAGUACAACCUCCGGAGCCGCACGGUGAUCUGCGACUCCUGCGGGCAGACGUCGGACCGCUCCGGGGCCGGUGGGGGUCUACCUGAGGGCAUCGUGGGACAGUCCUUCUUCAUGGGGACCAACGAGCCCAGAAAGGGCCGGGCCAAGCCGGAGAACUGCUCCAUCAUGUGAAAACCAGACCUGAACCAGCAGGUCCACAUGGAGAAUACCAAUGUGCCACUUGGGUUGUUUGUCUUUAUUUUUAUAUAUAUGAUCUUAUUUGUUUUUGUAUUCAGAUUAAUCUGCAGGUUAGCAUUGCUUCGAGGUUUAUUGGGUAAAGGGCACAGGACUUUGAUAUUCAGCUUUUGUUUUAUAUUCAACUUGUGUUAUUGCAUGUGUGCUGUGCUAAUGCUGCUCUCCUUGCUCUCUCUCUUUUCUCUCCACACACACACACACACACACACACGCACACACACACACACACACACACACACACACACACACACACAGCUCCAUUGACCAGUGCUUGAGGUUUGCUGGGACCUGUCAGGAACACGAGUCCUGGGGUUUGUUAAUCAUGUUCAUGAUCCAUCAAAUUGAUCAAAUCUUUAUUUCAGAUGUUGUUUACAAUCUAAAUAUCCUUGUUUUUGGGAACAAUGUCUGCUGCAGGGAAAAUGUUUUGUUUUGAUAAACUGUUGUAAAAGAAGCCAAAGUGCUUGAAGCUCAGGGUGUUCAGGAGAUAUAAAUAUAUGUUUCACCUUCAGCCUCAGACAACCAUGUCGUAGUACAUUUUUUUAAGUCGCUUUAGAUCAUAAAGGAAAGAGAAAAUAAUUAUUUGAGAUGAAUAUAUAUAUAUAUUUUUUGUAGUUCACAGCUCGGCUCGAGAGAGAGAUAUAUAUAUAUAUAUGUGGUUAUGAACGUGUACGAGAAUAAGGAAUUAUUGUUUCCUGGAUAAGCCGAAUGUUCUAAAAGUUAUCGAUGCUUGAUUGACAUGUAGACGUGUUGCGUAAUCAGUAACUUCAAAGGUGUUUUGUCAUGAAGAUGGAAAGAUGGAGGAUUUGGAGAAAUAUCAUAAUGUACAAUGUUUUGAAUCUCUACUGGUGCCGUACAUAAAGUAUAUAUUUGUAGGAUUUUACUGCUUAUUCAACCACAUUAGCAUUAUUCCACUAUGAGCUGGUGCUGCUGUUUACAGAGUAAACAGUUGUUUAUUUAGACUAAAACACUAAAAGGUGCCUUUAGGCCCGGAACAAUAACCGCUGUUCUUUGGGCUCAUCGUGACGUCAGCUGUCCGAUCUGUGUUGCUCCUACAAACUGGUCAUGAGGGCUGUUGUUGUUGUUGUUGUUGUUGUUGUUUUUCUUGCUUUCCUGAUCACAGCUGGAUUCUUGUAUACUUUGUGGCUUCAUGCACUGCUUCUAUUGAGGGCCUCUCAUAUGCACAGCAGGUAGAUUAGUCCUGUAGUCUGGCAGCUUGACUCAUUUAUACUCCAGUGACAAGCAAAGUAUUUACAGACCAUACUUGAUUCUUUUGCUUAUAAGAUGGUAUUUGUGCCACGUUAGAUUAUUUUAUUGCCUUAAGUAGAUGAUCCCCUAAGUGCCUUUAAAAAAGCCUAACAAUUGUUAGUUAAAGAGAUGACCAGCUCCAAAGAUUUAGUAUUUACCUCAUAUGAGAUGAAAUAUGCAACUACUCGAAAGGGAUCCUUUAAGGUGCAGUCCGGGUCUUCUUCCUGUCCAAGACUUCUGGUUUUAGAGUUUCCUUAAGGAACAUUAACAAGAUAAUGAAGAAAUCAGAUUUCAAUCACAGAUGUCUUGAAAGGCCUUUUGAGAUCGUGGACCCGCCCCCUCAAAGUCUUGAUUGAGGCCUCAGGAAUCUUUUGAGGAUUUCUUGUCGUGAGCCUUUGAUGCCAAAGUUGUAAUUUGCUUGAUGUGUGUUUAUCAUAAUGAUGUUAACAUAUCAAAAAGCCAUUAAGUCGAUGUUAUGAACGGUUGUUUUUUUGCUUUUCUAAAAUAAUGCUGAGUAAAAUUCUUUUUUUCCAGU